AUGUGGAAGAAAAAAGAUGGACCAGAAAAAAAUACAUUUACAUCGCCAAAUGAUGGGUCAUAUAUAGAAAAUUACGUGACAUUUGUGUCUGAACGCUGGUCAUCACUGAAAUCGUGGUUUAACAACAAUUUCGAAAGACUGUUUAGUUUUAAAAUAAGCGAUGUGUCUAGUUUUGAAAAAUUCGUUCAGUUUCUAUAUCGUCCGACGGAUCCAGCCAGUCUAGGAGUGGCCAGAGCUCUAUUUGGCGUGUGCAUGGUGAUAGACGUUGUCGAAGAGAGAGGAUUCUCAGAUAUCGACAUAAAAUGGGGAGAUCCAUGGGACUGUCAUUUUCCAUUGAUUCACGGGAUGAUGCCACCAUCACUGUCGUGGAUGAUAAUGAUAUACACAGUGAUGUGGAUGGGUGCCUUCGGAAUAGCGCUCGGUCUGCGCUUCAGGAUCGCAUGUGCCUGCUUCGUGUUGCCUUAUUGGUAUAUCUUUCUGCUAGAAAAGACCUACUGGAACAAUCAUACCUAUCUCUACGGUGUCGUAGCCACUUUGUUCUGGGGAACAGAAGCGAACAAAUAUUUCGCAUUAGAUGCAAGCAAUGCAGAACGGGAUGGCAAAUCCGUGCCAUACUGGAAUUAUUUCAUUCUAAAGUUUCAAUUCUUUGCGCUUUACUUUUUGGCCGGCUUAAAGAAAUUCAGCAGAGAAUGGCUUGAAGGCUACGCUAUGAUAAAUCUGUCUAGACAUUGGGUGUUCCAUCCAUUUAAAAUAUUUCUAUCCACUGAGCAGAUUGACUUUCUAAUCGUCCAUUGGUUCGGCUUUAUUUUCGAUCUGUCCGUUGGAUUUUGGAUGCUGUUCGAGAAAACACGCAUACCGUCCAUGAUCUUCUGUACAACUUUUCAUUUAAUGAACUCAAGACUAUUUAAUAUAGGAAUGUUUCCGUAUGUGUGCCUGGCAACGAUGCCACUCUUUUGCCGUGUAGAUUGGCCACGUAAAUUAGAGCAGUAUUUUGGACUGAAACAAAUGAUUUUAUCGAUUAACGCAAAUUCAAUCGAUGCAAACAGCACAAAAGAGACUGACCAAGCAAAAGAAUCUGUGAAGCCCAACAAUUUAAAAUUGCCUUCAAAUGAAAUUUUUUAUAAUAAAACAGUGCAUGAAGAAAAAAUAAUGAACAAGGAAAAAGACAAAAAAUAUUUUGUUAAAUCAAAAUCUGAAAAAGAAACUGAUGAAAAAGAUAACGAUACACAAUCGAUUAAAAGUUCAAUUAAACUUAAUGAAAAACGAACGAUCAAUAUUUGUAAGAAAAAUUGGAUAGCUCAGCAAUCAUCGAAAACUACAAAAAAACAAAAGUUUGUAGCAUCACUGUUGCUGUGUCAUAUUUUACUGCAGUUUUUUUUGCCAUAUUCACAUUUUAUAUCAAAGGGCUAUAACAAUUGGGUACCUGGUCUAUAUGGUUAUUCCUGGGACAUGAUGGUUCAUAACUGGGACACUAUACACGUAGUAAUUAAAGUGCACGAUAACGUAAACAACGAAGUACGAUAUUUAGAUCCUGUCGCUUGGGUGCAAAAUGACCGAUGGAUGAAGCACGGGGACAUGGCGAUACAAUAUUCGCAAUGUUUAAAGAAUAAUCUGAUGCGUCGAAAAGAAGAAUUGAAGACCAAGCAUUAUUCUGAAGAUAUGGAAAAAUGGAUGAAAUUAUCUACGAAUUUCAGCAUUUACAUAGACGUGUGGUGUUCACUAAACGGCAGAUUUCAACAGAGAAUAUUUAAUCCAAACAUCGAUAUGUUGACAGUUGAUUGGCAUCCAUUUAAACCUGUUUCGUUUCUAAUGCCGUUACUCACGCAAUAUAAUUCAUAUAGACAUAAAAUGGAUGAAAUUCAACAGCAUGUAUACACUUGGUCAAAUUAUACGGAUGUAUUGUUCGUAGCCGAUUUUCCAGGAAUGUACUUGGAAAACUACAUAUCCACCGAUUUCACGAAUGUUUCUUUGACGGUGCUAGAAGGUGAGGUAACUUAUGGGGAAGAAGAAUUAAUGGAUAUAAUCACUGUGUCAAAGAAAAAAUCGAUCUCUGUCGGAACAGGGAAGUUUCAUCGAAUAAAAACUACAAGUUCUUAUUCGGCAUGUUACAUGUAUACUUACACAAAUCAGACGAAGCAAUUAGAUAACGAAAAAAAACCUCCUCCAGUAAUAGAAAACAUGCCACAAUUGUUAAAAGAAAUUAAUUAUAAAAUCAUUGCAUGGAUAAGAACGUUCGCCCAUAUAACAAAUGCCUUCUUAAACUUGAUGUACGAUGUUCCUUUGGUACGACGAGUACGUGUUAGCAAGUAA